ACAGAGCCUCCGAUUGCCCCGGUCUCUCCUAAAUCCCUGCCACCAACCGUCUCGUCUCCCUCCUCCGCCCCACCUCGCCGCCGGCCCUUCUCCUUCCAACCUCCCAUCUCGCAACCCGGAGGCUACCGGAUCCGCCGCACCCCCCACCCACCCAUCCCUCACGCGUCCAAUUUCUCUCUUCACGCGGCUCCUCGUUGCGCCAUCGGCGGUGGCUGAUUCCGGCGACGUUCGGCCAAUCCCGCCACCGCGAAACACAUCCCGAGGUCCUCUCGCACCGCGGCGCCCUCCCAUCCACCUAGAUCGGCGCUCGCGGCCACCAAAGCCCACCCGCGACCCUCCCCCAUGCCUAGGGUUUCGGGUGUCGGCUCCGGCGCCGGUCGCCAUGUCGUCCUCGUCUCAUCCGACGUGCAGGGAGGACGGCCACUGGACAGCCUUGCUGCUGCUCGGGACGAAGCAACCAUGUAGCUUUCUCCUCCUCCUCUGGCUUCAGAACUUGGGAGGAGAAAUCAGAAUUGUCAUCAAAGUAACAAAUAUGAAAGAGAUAAAAAGGUGCAUGGAGAAGGAUGUUAAUGGAGUGACAAAGGUUGCAAAACUCACCGGAAUCAAAAUGACAACACUAGAAGAAAGAGCUCCAUGUACCAUCGAGCCUGUGUGGAUUAUUUGCAGCAGCAAGUGCCGAACGGCAGCAGCUUGCAGGGCAUGGUCUCUCCUGGGAAAGAUUCAGUGCACGCUCGCCUUUGCUAGCCCUUGAACAGAUAAGCACACUUCAAAAAUAUUUGGUUUGUUUAAGGAGUGCUCUUGUAUAAGGAUAGCUAUUGCAAAUGUAGUUCAAAUGGUAGUUGAAAAAUAUUGAAUUUGAAAACAUUGCAUGUGCAAUAGCUGAAAUGAUAGUUGAAUUUGUACUCAUUUGACAACUUAUUUUGUCGACCUUUCUUUAUUGUGGUUCCAUAGCAAAGCAUGUGCACGAUGGUAUGGAAGGUUAAUCAUGAUGAUUGCAUACAAAAUACUUAUGCCCCUGUUGCAACGCACAACAAUUACCUAGUAUAUUUUUAAAAUUAGAAAUGUACAAUCUGAUGCAUCUACACGAAAAAGACAUGAAGUUGACUGGAGAAGGUAAACUUGUUAUUUUUUUCCUAAAGCUUGUUAAAUUAUUAAGCAUAUCAGCAAGCUAGUUAACCUUCUUUUUCUUUUCUUAUUCACACGAGUCAAUCUUUCAUUCUUUUCUAGUCGUAUAUACUUGCAUGUGCUGCCUAAAUAUUUUGUUAUUAGAUACGCUAGUAUGCAUGUACAACAUUCAUGCAAAUAGUGCCAGGUUUGGUAUCUCUUUUAAUUCAUAAUGGAAUUUUUAAUUAAAAAAAGCAAGGAAAACACAUCUUAAUCAAUGGGUGACAGAAGCAUGAUGUCACAUGCAUGGAAUUAGCGUACGGCUUGGCCGGCUGGCCGGAUUGGCCUAGAGUACCUUGUUUGUCUCGGGCACAAACAUAAAUGUAUGCAUAUACAUAUUUGAUGAAUUGACGGACCUCACUUUUUUCUUUUCCUUGAGAAUCUCGCUCAUGCACUUUUGGACUUAUCAUUAUGUAAGAUCAUGGUAGACUUGUAUGCACAUAAGAUUGGUGUUACGUAACUUCCACAUAUCCGUUAAUCCCAAUCUUCAAAGAAGAAAUCAAUGGUGUACGAAAAAGGCAUAUGCGGCUGAUUUUAUUUUAGUAAUAUAGGAUUCCACAUGGAUUUUUUAAUAUUUUUUGUGGUGGUCGGACUCUUCCUUAUUCCUUAUAGUUGGCACCCAUAUAUACUAUGCAAUAGCAAUGUACGAGUUUGCAUGUGAUUGUCUUGGAGAUAUCUUUUUUUAGUAGAAAAGGCAGAUAAGACUUGGAUGAAAGAUGUGCACGUGACAUGCUAAACUGUUAUUAUAUCACUUUAUUUGUAUGUAAUACUACAUCUUUUUAAUCUUAACCAUUAAUAUAUAAAAUUGAUGAUCAAGAAAAUUUAAUCUAUGUGGACGAACAUGAUUGCUUGUUUGUCUCUUGUUUAAAUAAUAUAAUAGAUGGAACUUGAUGACGCUUCACUUGUGUUGCACCUUUUUCCCUUGGUUUUGCAGUUGCACGCACCAACUGGAUGCAAGGGGACGCUAUGGAGCAAGUCGAGUUCAUGGAGCAAGUCAUGGACGAUGCCAUGGAAGAUUCAAAAGAUAUAUGGAUGAUCAUAUGGAUGCGUGAUAAGUAUACUGCAAUGAUGUGAUGAUGAUGUUCUGGUUCAUGAUGAUGAUGAUGUUCUGGUUCAUGAUGAUGAUGAUGGAUGCUUUCAGUUUUAGUUAAGUUGUAAGGAUGUUGUUCGUGUUGGAUGUUGUUCCUAGGUUAAGUUAUUGUUAAAUUGUAGGGAUGUUGAUGAAUGCUUUCAAUUUAAGUUUCGCUGUCAAAAAUAUAUUUAGAUUAUGCAUCACAUUUGGAUGAUGUACCUCCUGUAAUACCCAAAUUGUAAUCCAACAGUUUUAUCAAUAUAUAUGUUUUCUUUUUCUUGUGA